CGGCGGCGGCGGCGGCAGCGGCAGCGGAGGAGCCUCGGGCGGAGGGCCGGCCGGCGCCGGACGGGGGGGAGUGCGCACCAUGGAGCCGCGGCGGGGGGUGACCCGCGCGGCGGUGGCGGCGGCGCUGCUGCUGCUGCUGCUGCCGCCUCGGGGCCGGGCGGACGAGCACGACCACACGUACCAAGAUAAAGAAGAAGUUGUUUUAUGGAUGAAUACUGUAGGACCGUACCACAAUCGCCAAGAAACAUAUAAAUAUUUCUCACUUCCUUUCUGUGUGGGAUCGAAAAAAAGCAUCAGCCAUUACCAUGAAACACUGGGAGAAGCGCUUCAAGGAGUUGAGUUGGAGUUUAGUGGUCUAGAUAUAAAAUUCAAAGCAGAUGAUGUGCAGACCAACUACUGUGAAAUUGACUUAGACAAGGCAAAGAGAGAUGCUUUUGUAUAUGCUAUCAAGAAUCACUACUGGUACCAGAUGUACAUCGAUGAUUUACCAAUAUGGGGUAUUGUUGGUGAAGCAGAUGAAGAUGCUGAAGAUUACUAUCUUUGGACCUACAAAAGGCUGGAAAUAGGUUUCAAUGGAAAUCGAAUUGUGGAUGUUAACUUAACUAGUGAAGGAAAGGUGAAACUGAUAGCAAAUACCAAAAUCUCAAUGUCAUACUCAGUGAAAUGGAAAAAAUCAGAUAUAAAAUUUGAAGAUCGAUUUGACAAAUAUCUUGAUCCAUCCUUUUUUCAACACAGGAUUCACUGGUUUUCAAUUUUCAAUUCUUUCAUGAUGGUUAUCUUCUUGGUGGGCUUAGUUUCUAUGAUUUUAAUGAGAACUUUAAGAAAAGAUUAUGCACGAUACAGUAAAGAGGAAGAAAUGGAUGAUAUGGACAGAGACCUAGGAGAUGAGUAUGGCUGGAAACAGGUACAUGGAGAUGUAUUUAGACCAUCGAGUCACCCUCUGAUAUUUUCCUCCCUUAUUGGUUCUGGAUGCCAGAUAUUUGCAGUAUCUUUCAUUGUCAUUAUUGUUGCAAUGAUAGAGGAUUUAUACACAGAGAGGGGAUCAAUGCUCAGUACAGCUAUAUUUGUUUAUGCUGCUACAUCCCCAGUGAAUGGCUACUUUGGAGGAAGCCUUUAUGCUAGACAAGGAGGAAGGAGAUGGAUAAAGCAGAUGUUUGUUGGGGCAUUCCUUGUUCCUGCAAUGGUGUGUGGCACUGCCUUCUUCAUUAAUUUUAUAGCCAUAUAUUACCAUGCUUCAAGAGCUAUUCCAUUUGGAACAAUGGUUGCUGUUUGUUGCAUCUGUUUUUUUGUUAUUCUUCCCUUGAAUCUUGUUGGUACAAUUCUAGGCCGAAAUCUGUCAGGUCAGCCCAACUUUCCUUGUCGUGUCAAUGCUGUGCCUCGUCCUAUCCCGGAGAAAAAAUGGUUCAUGGAACCAGCAGUUAUUGUCUGUCUUGGAGGAAUUUUGCCUUUUGGCUCCAUUUUCAUUGAAAUGUACUUCAUUUUCACAUCUUUCUGGGCAUAUAAGAUCUACUAUGUCUAUGGCUUCAUGAUGCUGGUGCUUGUCAUCCUUUGCAUUGUGACUGUUUGUGUAACCAUUGUAUGCACAUACUUCUUGCUAAAUGCAGAGGAUUAUAGGUGGCAAUGGACAAGCUUUCUUUCUGCUGCAUCAACUGCAAUCUAUGUUUACAUGUAUUCCUUUUACUACUAUUUUUUCAAAACAAAGAUGUAUGGCUUGUUUCAAACAGCAUUUUACUUUGGUUAUAUGGCGGUAUUUAGCACAGCUUUGGGGAUAAUGUGUGGAGCAAUUGGUUACAUGGGAACAAGUGCCUUUGUCCGAAAAAUCUAUACUAAUGUGAAAAUUGACUAGAGAAACAAGAAAACUGGGAACUCUGGAUCAGUUACUGUUUCAUAGGGGUGGAACUUGCACAACAUAAAGCGCAAGAAGAUAAUUGGGCUUUAACACUGGGUACUUUGUGGGUCUCUGUUUCAUGGAUGGCUUAAAGUAACAUCUAUUUUCAUUGAUCCUAGGUUCUUACUGACUGCUUUCUCCAACUGUUCACAGCAAAUGCUUGGAUUGUAUGCUAUAGGCAUUACUACAGUACAUGGCUAAUCUUCCCAAAAACUAGCUCAUUAAAGAUGAAUAGACUAGCUCUCUUCAGUGAAGAGGACAAACAGUUUAUUUAAAGCAUUUGUUCCAUUUAAAUAAAAAGUGGGAAACUUGGCUGCUAAAAUUACAUGAAUAGAAAUCUUUCUGGAAUUUGGAUAUUGAAAAAAAUAAUGUUCCAGAAGAUUACUUUUCCCUUAUUUUUGCUGCCAUUGUCAGGAUAGUGGGAUGUUUUUAUAUUUUGGAUCUGGGCUCUAUAUUUUUUUUCCAGUUCAUUUGCCGUAUCAACUAUACCUACAUUCAUUUGUCUGAGAGAAUUAAAAAGUAUAUAUAUUAAAGCCUGCAUGUAAUAUAUCUGCUGUUGUUCUAUUUGGACCAAUUUCCCAUUUAUUUAUCUUUAAACUAAAUAUCCAAUUACACCUUAAUUCCAUCCAAAGAAGAUACAGUCUGAAGACAGAGGUGUAUUCUCUACAAUGCAAUUUACUGUACAGUUAGAAAGCAAAAAGAGAAUAUUUGUUUUUAUCAAACAUUUUGAGUUCUACAAAACAUUUUAAUUGAAUGUCUAAAGUGAUUAUCUUCCCUGCCCACCUUCUCCCCUUUUAGUCUUAUAUCUUUUGUUUGGGUUUGAAUGAAGGCUUUACUUAAGACAUUAUAAGAAAAAAAUGGGAGGGAGGGGGAGAGGGUAAUAAAUGUAUAUAACAUUAAAUAAUGUAACUUAGUUGUAGAUCCCAAAUGCAUUUGGAUGUACAGAUUUACUACAGAGUACUUUUUCUGAUGAUGAUAUGGUGUAGAAAUAUGUGAAUUUGGGUAGCUUUUUACAUCUUGCUUACCAUUGCAUGAAACAUUGGGGUUUCUUCACAGUGUGUGUGUGCGUGUGUCAUACUUAUUUUUCAGGGGAGGGUUGUUUUCUUCUCUUUCUUUCUGAGGCUUUCACCGGAGCCAAAUUUGUAAUUUAGAACAUUUAAUUUUGUUAAUCCUGUCUGGACACAUACAAUAUCUAAAGCAUUACUGCUUUAGAGUGUUCAGAAAUUAAAAUAAAAUUUCCUGACAAAAUUGUUUUGAUUGUGAAAAUAGAUGUGUUUGCAAUUUGAAAAGUCUAUUUAAACAGGCAACUAUUACUGAAUGCCAGUUUUUGUAUACAGUGUUGUUUUCAAAUCUAGGGAACCCACACUUUAGAGUCCAAGGUCCUUGCUUCCAUCUAGAUUAUCCAAUACAAUUCCAGAAUUAACGACUAUCCAUUCUUGGCUCGCUUUUGGAAGUUGGUAUGUUCAGGUUGGUAUAUUGUGGGAAAAGUAGGGGUGUGUAGUGUAAGGGCUUCUUAAAACAGGCAAAUAAACGUCACAAAUUCAUAAGUGUAGUGAUGGUCAAUUGUGCAGUCUACCUGGCCAGAGAAUAUUUGAAAUUGUUUCCUUGGCAUGGUAAAAUUGCUAACUGUAAUCUCUUAUUAGACAGCAUGACCACAUAGCACAAUAUCAUGUGUUAAUAUUUUUAAAGACACAAAACAUGUGUUUAAGCCUAAAUACUGUGUAAUAUUCAUGCAACUCAUUACAUAUCAUGGUGGUAGUAGGAUGGAGUCUCCCUAAGGUAUAUUUCUGUAAACUGACUGUAUUAUGCAUCUUUCAUGUUGUAUGUAAGGUGUGUGAGUGAUGAUUUGAAAAAAAAGAAAGUAGUGCUUUCUUUGCAUUGAAUAAGGAUUCUAUGAGAAAAUGGAAUGUUUUUAGAAGUAGAAAGUAAAUCUUAAGUCAAAUCAUAUUCAACAAGCUGAAAAAGUACACUAAAAUAUAUUCCAGAAGUAAGACAUUUUGAUUCCUCCCCUCCCUAUUCUCAACUACUUUGACAACAAAAAUCUUUAGCUACUUUUAAUUAAAAUAUAGUUGCUUAUGAUUUUAACCUCAAAUGUGUGAAUGGUACAGUACUUUUAAGAUAAAAGCACACAGUCUGGUCAGGGAUAAAUCGAAUAGCAGGUGUUUUGUCUUAAUAUUUUGAAUAUGGUUAAUAUGUCAAGAUUGAGACUAUGGAAGGAAAAUACAUUUUAAAAUUUAGUUCCUUUUUAAGUGAAGAUAGUUAUACUAAAAUCCACUUCUGUUUUUUCUUUUUUAGUCUUAAAUGAAAAAGCAGUUUUCUUAACUCUAAAUCCACUAAAGAUGAAAGAGAAUUCAUCUUGAGAAGGGCUUUUUGAUUCUUGGUGCCUCCAUAGUUAUAGGUAGAUAGGUCACUAUGUAGUUUGAAAUAAUUCACAGAUGGUUUACUUGUAUUUCUUAAUGUUGAAGUGGGAUAGUGAAUAGAAUUGGUUAUUGAAAUGGAGAUGGUUUUUGUCAUCCCCAAAAUGUUAUGUGAAUUUUCUUUCAUUUGUUAACAUUAUUUCCAUCACCAUAUUCUAAGUGCAUUAUCAAUGCAAAAAUUGCUGAAAGGGACAAACCUUGCCUUUGUUUCUGUAAGCAUGUUUCUAUUGAAACAAAUUGCAUAAUAAAGUGACAUCUCUUUGUGUAUCCUAGCAUUGGGGUAGGGUGAAAGUAGAGGGGUUUGUUUAAGGGGGGGGAUGUAAAGCCUUAUUUAUAUAUUGUAUUAGACUUUUCUGAGUAUUACCCUUUAGAGACUGAAUAACUUCAGAAUUUAUUGUAGUCUGAUGAUGUCUGAGCUGGGCUGUAUGCUCAGGUUUUCUGUGUAAUCACUUAGGAAAUGGUCGCUACAAGUUGCAGUUUGUAAUGACAGCUACUUUAGUUAGAUUUCUUUAACUUGGAACUAUAAGCAAAUUUUAUUCACUUUGAUACAGCUUUUCUUUCUUGAUUUCUUAAAACUAUUUAGUAACCAUUUGAUGCCAAAUGUGCAAGCAAAUGUUUGAAAGCGUUCUGAAUUAUAAAAAUAAAAGUGAAUAGUUUACAAAUGUAACUUGGUUGUACAGGAAAAGCUAUGCUCCAGAAGGGCUUUUUGUGUAUGAAUUUUCAAAAACAGCCUCUUUGGAGUAGAGUUCCAUCUGGAUUUAAGGACAAAUUAAUGACAUGUCUUAGUAUUUAACCCCAUUUAUUGGUUUGAACAUGUGAAAUGAGUAGUAAAAAAAAAUCAGAAUACAGAAAGUGCUUGAAAAAUUUUGUCUUCAUUCACAGCUAGAUAAUUAUGAAACUCUUUCAGCAGCUGAAAUAAAAGAGGACAGGCCCAUAAAGGUUUAUGGAAAAAUACUUAUGUUUAGGUCAUUUAGAAAUUUGGUUUACAGGUUUAUAGCUAAUAGAUACGAGCUACAGAUAAUACAGAGAUUUACAUAAUACAUUUUAGCUGCAGAAUAUUUUAAAGAUACAAUUAUGAUACAAAGGGAUGCAUCCUACAUAAGGCCGUUUUUUUUUCUCCAAGAGAUAGCUCGUUGAUUCUCCUUGAAGAUUGUAGAUGAAAUCAUACAAACCAAGAGUAGAAAAGUUAUAUGAGAAUUACUUCAGUAUUUCAGGAAAUGGAAGUGAGAAGGCUGCCUGCAUGUUUUUGUAUGGGAGGCCUGGUUAAAUUGAGUUUGGGGGGUAUUUUGCUAAGUAAUAAUUUCGUGAUAGUGCAAUAUACUGUAUCUUCCUCCUAGGAAAUCAUUUUGUGCUCUCUCUUUGGCUGGAGUAGCAUAACAUGCCUGAGGCAUGGCAGAAAUAACAUUCAAUUCUGUGUAAAGGACAAUAGUGGGUUAAUCUUCUUAAAAGCCACCUGCUGUGAAUUAGUACGCAUGGAAGGGCAGUUAUACUUGGGCUUUUUAAAAUGUUUGAAACUUGAAUUUAUAAAUCCCCAUAGGGCAAGGAUGAUCAGUGACAAAAUUGGGAGGAAACAGUUGUUGCUUGCUGAUUAUAUUCAUUUUGUACACACUCCUGCUCGGUGCAAGCCAUAAUUUGCCACCUGGCUCUUUUGAGUACUAGCAAACCAGUAUAAUGUAUCAAGUACCUCUCUGAGGUUCUGGUGUGUUGUACCUUAACUGAAGUUGGUUUUUCUAAAGUAAUAAAAAAUGUUAAACUUGUGAUUCCA